AUGCCGCCUCGCCACAUCCGCUCCGCGAGUCCCUUCGGAAGCUCAUUCACCUCCAGCUCCCCUCUCGCGGAUGCAUCCAUUGCCCGGGAUCUGGCAGAAUAUGGCGACGAGGACCUCACUGACGGCCCCGAGGGCGUCUUCGAGGCCCGCCCGACCAGCAGCCAGGCGGGGACCAACCCGUAUUCCUUGGCGGGCUCAUAUCGCCGCCCCGGAUAUUUCACCACAGUCAAUCAUGGGACAAUGGUCCCGGCCUGUGGAGACCAUCAGCCACUGAGCCAGAGGGAACGGGAACAGGCCAUCGAGGAAGAACGCGACCUGCUGAGCGACAACCAUGUCAUCCCCGAGACUCAUGGCCUGCAGCACAAGAUCAGCGGUCUCUUCUCCCGCAUCCAGGCCUCUGCCCAACAAGGCCCGUCCAAGACACCCUCGUCGGGCCCCUCCGAGCCAGAUUAUGAGACAGCCCUGGAAACGGAGACCACGGCCCUGCUCCGACCGGCCACGAGCAACGACCAGUUGAAUCUGAACGAGAUCGACCGCAAAUGGGAAGAGGCCGUCGCGGCAGGAAUGAUUCACACGACAUGGCAACGCGAAGCCCGGGUCAUCGGCAAAUACUCAUUGCCGCUGAUGGUCACAUUCCUGCUGCAGUAUUCCCUGACCGUUGCCAGUAUCUUCACCCUGGGUCACAUCGGGAAGGAAGAGCUCGGCGCGGUGAGUUUGGCCAGUAUGACCGUGAGCAUCACGGGCAAUGCGGUCUAUUCGGGCUUGUCGACGAGCUUGGAUACUCUCUGUGCCCAGGCUUAUGGCUCUGGCAAGAAGAAGCUGGUCGGCCUGCAGAUGCUGCGAAUGGUCUAUUUCCUGUGGCUGGUCACGAUUCCCGUUGCAAUUCUCUGGUACUUCUCCGAGCACAUUCUUACCAAGAUCGUUCCGGAACAAGAGGUCGCGCAGAUGGCGGGUCUGUACCUGAAGAUUGCCCUUCUGGGAACGCCCGGGUAUGCUUGUUUCGAGAGUGGCAAGCGAUAUCUUCAGGCGCAGGGUGUCUUUUCCGCCUCCCUGUACGUCUUGAUCGUUUGUGCUCCGCUAAACGCCUUCAUGAACUGGUUUUUUGUUUGGAAACUCGGAUGGGGUUUCGUUGGAGCUCCAAUUGCAGUGGUUAUCACAGAGACUCUCCUCCCGCUGUGUCUGUUCGUAUACGUAUACUUCGCCGUGGGAUCAGAGUGCUGGUGCGGGUUUACUCGUCGAGCAUUCCAGAACUGGGGGCCGAUGAUCCGCCUUGCGCUUCCGGGACUGAUCAUGGUCGAGGCCGAAUGUAUAGCUUUUGAGGUGUUGACGCUGGCGUCUUCGUAUCUCGGAACCACCGAACUGGCAGCCCAGUCUGUCCUUGCGACCAUCUCCAGCAUCACAUGGCAAAUCCCUUUCCCGCUCUCGAUCGCGGGCAGCACCCGCGUUGCAAAUUUGAUCGGGGCGACCCUGGUGGAUGCCGCAAAGACAUCCGCCAAGGUGAGCUUCUGGGGCGCUGUGAUCGUCGGCCUCUUCAACAUGAUUCUCCUCUCCUCGCUUCGAUCUUACAUCCCGCGUCUAUUCAGCUCCGAGCCCGAAGUCGUCGAUCUGGUCGCCGAGGUACUUCCUCUUUGUGCUGCAUUCCAACUGUUCGAUGCCCUGGCAGCAAACUGCAACGGUAUUCUCCGCGGCCUCGGCCGCCAGGAGGUGGGCGGGUAUAUCCAGCUCUUCUGCUACUAUGUCAUUGCCAUGCCGAUCAGCAUGGGCACGACAUUUGGGCUGGGCUGGGGCGUUAUGGGUCUGUGGACGGGAGUUGCUCUCGCCCUGGGGCUUGUAUCAUUGAUAGAAUUCAUCUGGAUCGGCCGUGCUAACUGGGACCGGUCAGUCGAAGAAGCUCUCGAGAGGAACGAAUUGACUUAG